UUGGCCAACCCUACACGCACAUGGAAUCACUUCCGGAAAAAUCAAUAUCGCAUCCUUCGCCCACUUUUUGUUUAUAAACACACAAAACAUUUACUAUUACUCGUGUCUGACCUCGUGGCCGUGAAAUUACAUCGAGCGGUGGUGUGAAUUCAUCAAGGAAAUGGUCAUACAGCGCGGUUGGAAGCAUUCAAACGACAAUUUGCAUCACUCGUCGGAUGACUCGAACGGUUCGUCGCAUACAAUUUCGUCCUCGAAUACCAAUUCCUCGAAAGGAAAUAAUUGUCUGAUGAACUCGAUAACUCCCCAAAUGGCCGACGGUUACCUGGCCAAGCUGAACCAGCGAUACGGCCUCGCUUUUAUAGGGCCACGCAUGUCCUCGGAGUCCUUGAUGAGGUCCUUGGAGUUGCUGAGAAUCAACGUCCAACAGGCAUUCAAUAAGGAAAUUGACACGGUGGUUAGGAACUUCAUGGAUAUUUAUUUCGAGCCUGCAUUCAAGAACCUGCAGAAUAAUUUGGGAGACCAAGUAUGCUCGGAGGAUGUUCUCCGCAAAAUGGCAUGUGCUCUUCUGGAGAACUCCAAAUCACAAUAUAACAUUCGCACACGUCCAAAUGUUGGGAUCCUUCGAGCCCCCGAUUCAUCAACAAUGCGGACCCAAUUAACUCAUCAACUGAUAUCAGCACUAAAACGUCCAGCAGCGCAAGUAGUCACUCAAACACAAGACAUUGUGAUACCACCGAAAAAGCCGAUUUCGCAGCUACAACAGCGUCUCAAUUCGGUCAACGUAGUUACUGAACCCGUACAACCUCAACAACAAGAGGAGCAGCAACAACAGCAGCAGCAAUCCUACCAGCAACAAUCACGAAGAAGGAUAUUCUGGAAUACUUCAAAUAUCUCCACCGAGACGAAGUUCAUCCUGGACGUUGAAGCAAACCAAGCUUUUGGCCUGGGGACCGAUGGGCGUGAACGAUUGGCUAGCAAACAUCCUGAAUUGAUACGCUACCUUCCGGACGAAGAAGACCGUAACUGGUUGGUCCAGGAGAAGGUUAUACCGGCCCAAAAUAAGAAUUCAAGAUUCCUUUUUCUCGUCUUUGAUGAGGUUAUUAAACUGAGUCAAUCGGAGACCUAUCGCAAUCGGGAUAAUCUUAACCUGCAGAUGCUUCAUGCGUUCAAGGUACCGAACUUCAUUAUUAUGAAGAUGCGAACUUUUUUUGUGGAUUUGAAUAUUAAAAGUCGUGGUUUGAUAACGAAUUCGUUCACGGUGACUAAUGGAGUGAGCCACUUGAGGAAUGCGUUGCUGCAAGGCAGCCCAUUGGUAACGUCGGUGACUUCUACCAAUGGUGCUGACAAUGGAAAUGGUGGGGGUUGUUUGCCCACUUCGACGACGACAAAACCAAAAAGCUCGUUGAGUUCUCAGCACGCAACUCUCACGGCUCUACUGAACGGGAACAAUGAAGCGCAGGUCGUGUCCAUAGAUGGGAGCAGCCAGCUAAGUAGUAGUUAGGUGUAAUGUAGUCAUUAUGGGAUUAUUUUGAGCUUCGUUCUAUGUCAAUUACGAUUUGAAUAAGUAAUAAUAAGACGACUCAAUAUGAACUUG